ACGUGGCCUCUGCCCCCUCUCUCGCGGAGGCAACAUGGCGGUUCCGACAAGCCGUCGCUUGGAGAUUUGAGUUACUCUGCUUGUCUCCGCUGCAUCUUUGAUGAUGGCAUCUCCAGCUUUGUGCGAUUCGCCUCAGAGCCCGGAGGAGCUCCUUGAAGACCCCUCUUCACGAGAAGAAGAUGAGGAUUGUGAUCCUGAAGAUCGUGUCAGCGACUCGGGUUCAUCGUAUUCGUCUGCGAGUAGCGAUUAUGAUGACCUUGAGCCUGAGUGGCUGGACAGCGUGCAGAAAAAUGGAGAGCUAUUUUAUUUGGAAUUGAGUGAGGAUGAAGAAGAAAGCCUCCUUCCUGAGACACCUGUUGUGAACCAUGUCAGGUUCAGUGAAACCGAGAUUAUUAUAGAAGAGGACGAUGACAAAGGAAAAAAGUAUGAACCCAAACUCAAGCGGUUUACCAAAAUUUUAAAAAGUAAAAGGCUUUUACCCAAGCGCCGUAAUAAAAAAAAUAGCAGUGACAGCGGGCCAGUCUCCAUUCUCAAGCAUCAGUCCAACCAGAAAGCAGGAAUCGUUGUCCAACAGAGGUACAAAGAUGUGAAUGUUUAUGUGAACCCCAAAAAGCUGACUGUCACCAAAGCCAAAGAACAGCUCAAGCUUCUGGAAGUGCUGGUUGGGAUCAUCCAUCAAACCAAGAGGAGCUGGAAGAGAGCCGGGAAGCAGGGUGCUGGAGAGAGGCUUGUGGUCCAUGGCCUGCUCCCAGGGGGUUCUGCCAUGAAGAGUGGCCAGGUACUCAUUGGUGACGUCCUUGUUGCUGUGAAUGAUGUUGACGUGACUUCGGAGAACAUAGAGAGAGUUCUAUCUUGCAUUCCUGGACCGAUGCAGGUGAAACUGACAUUUGAAAAUGCAUAUGCUAUGAAAAAGGAAACAAUUCAACCAAGACAGAAGAAGGCACAGUCAAACACAGGAGAUUUAGUCAAACUUCUGCGGGGAGAAGAGGGUGACAGUACCCAGCAGAAUGCCCUAAACACCCCCCAUGUCGUUAUGUACCUCACGCUGGAGCUGGAUUCAGAGACAUCAAAGGAGGAGCAGGAAAUUCUGUAUCAUUAUCCAGUAUCUGAUGCAUCUCAGAAACUUAAAAGUGUGAGAGGGAUAUUUCUCACCCUCUGUGACAUGCUGGAAAAUGUAACUGGGACUCAAGUUACUAGCUCAUCCCUUAUUUUAAAUGGGAAAAAAAUUCAUGUGGCUUACUGGAAAGAAUCUGACAAGUUGUUGUUAAUUGGCCUGCCUGCUGAAGAAGUGCCUCUUCCUCAGUUAAGGAAUAUGAUAGAAGAUGUUGCCCAGACCUUAAAAUUUAUGUAUGGUUCUUUAGAUAGUGCCUUUUGCCAGGUUGAGAAUGGUUCUUGUUUGGAUCCCUUUUUCGAGUUGUUCUUUCAAAGAGCGCUGCAGCCUGCCAACCUGCCUCCCAGUGCCAGCCCCAGCGCGCAGCAGUACGAGGCCUCCAGCGCAGUGCUUCUGGACAACCUCCCUGGGGCACGGUGGCUCACACUGCCACAGGAGAUCAAGAUGGAAUUAGACACGGCACUGAGUGACUUGGAGGCUGCAGAUUUUGCAGAACUGUCUGAGGAUUACCAUGACAUGAGGCGGCUGUAUACGAUUUUAGGGUCAUCUCUAUUUUACAAGGGUUAUUUGAUAUGCAGCCAUUUGCCUAAGGAUGACCUCAUUGACAUUGUUGUCUACUGUCGCCACUACUGCCUACUGCCUUUAGCAGCAAAACAAAGAAUUGGUCAGCUGGUCAUAUGGAGAGAAGUAUUUCCUCGACACCACCUCCAACCUUCUACUGACUCAAACACUGAGGUCUUUCAGGAACCUGAAGGGAGAUAUUUUUUGCUAAUUGUUGGCUUGAGGCAUUAUAUGUUAUGUGUGCUGUUAGAAGCUGGAGGCUGUGCAUCCAAAGCUAUUGGGAAUCCUGGACCAGACUGUAUAUAUGUGGACCAGGUUAAAUCAACUCUUCAGCAGCUGGAAGGAGUGGAUUCCCGCAUAAAUGAACGGCUGGCAUCUUCUCCAAGUCCCUGCUUGUCUUGUGCUGACUGGUUCCUUUCUGGAUCACAUGAAAAAUUAGAUGCUUUGACAACCUCACCUAUCCUCAGUAGGCUACAAGGUACUUCCAAAGUAGCAACCUCUCCAACGUGCAGAAGAACUCUUUUUGGUGACUAUUCCGUAAAAACGCGUAAGCCCAGUCCUUCCAGAAGCAGUGUAGGAUCUGACAAUGGCUGUGAAGGUGGAGAAUGUGUUGGCUCAAGCCCCCACACUACACCAGAUGCGGUACGGAAGCAAAGAGAAUCUCAGGGCUCCAAUGGUUCAGAAGAAAGUGGGGCCUUGUCAAAGGUCACCAAAAAGAAGUCAAGUCUUCCAAAUCCAUUUCAGUUGGGGAACGUGAAAAAGGACCUUUCAGAAAAAGAAUUGGAAAUAUGUAACACAAUGAAAUUGACAUCGGGUCCUGAGAACACACUUUUCCACUAUGUUGCCUUAGAAACAGUGCAAGGCAUCUUUAUUACUCCGACCCAUGAAGAGGUGGCCCAGCUAAGCGGCUCUAUCCACCCUCAGCUAAUAAAGAAUUUCCAUCAAUGUUGUCUCUCCAUUCGUGCAGUUUUCCAACAGACCUUGAUGGAAGAGAAAAAGAAAGCAUUAAAUGUUGGAGAUCAUUCUGAGUCUACAAAUUCAGUGUCUUCUCUAAACCCUGUGAAAGAACAUGGUAUAUUGUUUGAAUGCUCACCUGAAAACUGGACUGAUCAGAGAAAAGCACCACCAGUCAUGGCUUACUGGGUAGUAGGGAGACUCUUUCUUCAUCCCAAGCUUCAAGAACUUUACGUUUGUUUUCAUGAUUCAGUCACAGAAAUUGCCAUCGAAAUGGCUUUUAAGUUGUUCUUUGGAUUAACCCUGUAACUGUGUUUUCUUGCUGCAUAGCACCAUGGUGUGUGGAGCGCUGGGCAGUGUUAGGAUGGCUGAACUCCACACUCAAAAGACAAGGUUUACCCUCUUCACUGUUCAGUAUUGAACAUAACGUUAAACAUCGAGCUGAUAUGCUGUGGGGUUUGAUGCACUAGAUCUAUCUUAUGCAGUCUUGUGAGACUUUUGAAAAGACACUUGAUCAAAAUAUGAAAAGGGACUGUUAUUUCCAUUGUGGUAUAUAACAUUAAUUUAUUGACUAGUUAGAAAUAAUGUGAAGUGUUCUACAUAAAAUUAACAUUGGAAAUAAUUAUCAAGACUAAUAUUGGUAUCUGGUGCAAAAAUCAUGAAAUUGGGGAAUCAUGAAAUAGAUGACCAUGUCCUAUGACUAAUUAGUGCUGUGAGCAUGAGUGAGUCUUUGUGCCUCUCUGAGCUCAGGGCAUUAAGGUAUCUUGGGUAUUAAGGCACUUUAUUUAAAAGUAUUAAAUGUCUUAAAUUUCUUGAUAUGUCCUCCAAAACACCAUGAGCUAUUUUUUUUUUUUAAAUUGGGGAAUUGGGGGAAGGGGAACAGACAAGUUGCUGUCGUUU